AUGGGCAAGUGUUUGAUAUUGAUCGGCGGCUACACGUUCUCCAAGCCCAGCCACGGCCACACGUGGCCGUGUUCCACGAAGCGCACAUGCAAGGCCAAGCUGAAACUCGACGACGAGGGGACGGUCGUCGAGCUCAACAACCACCACAUCCACCCGCCCAGGAAGUUCUUCAGGACCUCGAGCGGGAAGUUGGUGCGGAGAGGCAAAGAUCUAAUCCUGUUAGAUGGUUAUACAUACUCGAAUUCGAAAUGCAAUACUUGGAUUUGCUCAACGCACUACCCUCAGUGCAGAGCCAGUUUAAAAAGAGAUAGAAGUGGAAGGGUGUACGGCGCAAGCAACACCGACUACGAGAUCAUAAAGUCGCAGAGGGGUAAGGAUCUCUUGCUGGUCGGCGGUUACACGUUCAACCAGAGGAGUUUGAACAGCUGGCAAUGUUCGACACACCACAUGUGCAGGGCCAAGUUGAACCUUUGCCGCGGCAGGAUCACCUUCAUUUACAACGAGCACGACCACCCGCCUAGAAAGCUCUGGCAGUCGAAAAGCGGCAUGUAUUACCGCUUCACGUUCCUACGAGAUUCAAGUGUUCACUACAUUCGAACGUUUGUUGCAGGCUCCACUGACUAUGAGAUCAUCACCUCGCAGAGAGGGAAGGACCUCCUAGUAGUCGAUGGGUACACGUUCAACCAGCGAAGCGUGAACAGCUGGAAGUGCUCCACCAACCAGUGGUGCCGGGCCAAGCUCACCCUGACCGACGGAAAGAUCGUUUUCAUAAUGAACGUCCACAAUCACCCGCCGAAAAAGCAUUUGCAAACGAAAAAAUGGUGCUUCAACGCGAAACCUAGUUUGUCGUACGACGUGGUGGUUUCGCAGCGAGGCAAGAGUAUGAUACUGAUCAACGGCCACACCUACUCCAGGAUGAACAACAGCUCGAACACCUGGGUCUGCUCCAAGAAGAACGCGAAAUGUAAGGCCAAGCUGAGAGUGGACCACGAGGGGAGCAUACUCGACAUCUCGGAGUUCCACUGCCACCCGCCCCGGAGCUACAUUGACACACGUGGUCGAUUUGCAGACGACCUGAAGUUCAUAAAGCUGUCCGAGAACAAGAGGCUGCUGAUGGUGAACGGGUACACCUUCGCGAAGACCUCGCCCCGGCACUGGUACUGCUCGAAGAAGGCCAAGAGCUGCAAGGCGAGGGUGUUCCUCAACGCCGAAGAGAAUGCAGUGGUGUUCCGCGACGACAACCACAACCACCCGCCGCCCGAGUACGGUCUGACGUGCGAGGGGUACUACGUUAAAAUAACCGGC